GGUGGUGGUGUUCUGUGUGACUGGAAUGAGAAGCGGUCGGCGAACGCUUGAGAAGUAGGGCAGGGAGGAAGGAAGGAAGGAAAGAAUAAUUUCGAGAUCGGUCCUAGGAGUGGCGAUCGAAGAAGAAAACGUCCAAUCUUCUUUCUGACUCGAAAAGGCUGCGGGUGCGCGUCCGGGGGCCGGAGGCUGCACCAUGCAGCAGCCACAACAACAGUACGAUUUCUUCACUGAGGACAAUGCACCCAAAUGGCGGGGUCUGCUCGUCGCUGCUCUACGGAAGGUUCAGCAACAGGUGCAUCCCAAACUUACAUCUAUGGAGGAUGCCUUACAAUACAUUGAAGAGCUAAUCCUGCAAUUGCUGAGUAUGCUCUGUCUUGCCCAGCCUCGCAGUGUUCAAGAUGUGGAGGAACGUGUGCAGAAAUCAUUUCCACAUCCAAUCGAUAAGUGGGCCAUAGCGGAUGCGCAAUCUGCCAUAGAAAAGCGCAAACGUAGGAAUCCCCUUUUGUUGCCUGUUGAUAAGAUUCACCCUCUUUUGAAGGAGGUUCUUGGUUACAAAGUUGACCAUCAAGUUUCUGUUUACAUCGUAGCAGUGUUGGAAUACAUAUCUGCUGACAUACUUAAACUAGCAGGCAAUUAUGUACGAAACAUACGACACUACGAAAUCACCCAACAAGACAUUAAAGUGGCCAUGUGUGCCGAUAAGGUACUAAUGGAUAUGUUCCAUCAAGAUGAGGAAGAUUUAGGUGUAAUUGAAGAGGAACCCAUUACCACUGGCGAACAAACUUACUAUGAUUUAGUGAAGAUGUACAUGUCUGAGAUUCGGCAGUAUCUAAGGGAAUUGAAUCUCAUCAUCAAAGUCUUCAGGGAACCCUUUGUAUCAGAUGCUAAGCUGUUUUCUGCAAACGACGUGGAAAUCAUAUUUAGUCGUAUUGUGGAUAUCCAUGAGUUGACUGUGAAGUUAUUGGGCCUAAUUGAAGAUACUGUGGAAAUGACAGAUGAAGGUAGCCCUCAUCCAUUAGUCGGAAGCUGUUUCGAAGACUUAGCUGAGGAGUUAGCAUUUGAUCCAUAUGAAAACUAUGCACAGGACAUACUACGGCCUGGCUUUCAUGAUCAUUUUCUCAGCCUUCUAUCUAAGCCAGGUGCUGCAUUCUACUUACAGUCAAUAGGUGAAGGUUUCAAAGAAGCUGUGCAGUAUGUUCUUCCCAGACUGUUACUGGCACCUGUUUACCAUUGCCUGCAUUAUUUUGAACUUCUGAAGCAAUUAGAAGAAAAAAGUGAAGAUGAAGAAGACAAAGAAUGCUUAAAACAAGCCAUAACCGCUCUUCUUAACCUCCAGAGCAGUAUGGAAAGGAUUUGUUCAAAAUCACUUGCAAAAAGAAGGCUGAGUGAGUCUGCCUGUCGGUUUUAUAAUCAACAAAUGAAAAGCAAACACCUGACAAUUAAGAAAAUGAAUGAGAUCCAGAAAAACAUUGAUGGUUGGGAGGGCAAGGACAUUGGACAGUGCUGUAAUGAAUUUAUAAUGGAAGGCACACUCACGAGGGUGGGUGCAAAACAUGAAAGGCACAUAUUCCUAUUUGAUGGCUUGAUGAUUUGCUGUAAAUCAAAUCAUGGUCAGCCUAGAUUGCCUGGUGGAAGCUAUGCAGAAUAUCGUCUCAAAGAGAAGUUUUUCAUGCGUAAGGUACAGAUCAAUGACAAAGAUGACACUAAUGAAUACAAGCACGCUUUUGAAGUUAUCUUGAAGGAUGAAAACAGUGUAAUUUUUGCUGCUAAAUCAGCAGAAGAAAAGAAUAAUUGGAUGGCGGCUUUAAUCUCUUUACAAUAUCGUAGUACACUGGAGAGAAUGUUGGAUACCACUAUGCUACAGGAGGAAAAAGAGGAGCCACUUAGGCUCCCAAAUCCUGAAGUAUACAGGUUUGCUGAGCCAGACUCUGAGGAGAACAUUGUGUUUGAGGAGAAUGUGCAAUCUAAAUCGGGAAUUCCCAUUAUCAAAGCUGGAACUGUUAUAAAACUGAUCGAACGGCUUACUUACCAUAUGUAUGCAGACCCAAACUUUGUUCGGACAUUCCUCACAACUUAUCGGUCCUUCUGCAAGCCACGGGAGUUGCUAAGUCUUUUAAUUGAAAGAUUUGAGAUUCCAGAGCCAGAGCCUACAGAAGCUGAUCGGAAGGCAAUGGAGCAUGGUGACCAGCCUCUUAGUGCAGAAUCGAAACGUUUUAGGAAAGAAUAUGUUCAACCUGUGCAGCUUCGAGUUCUGAAUGUAUGUCGGCACUGGGUGGAACAUCAUUUCUAUGACUUUGAAAGAGAUGCAGAGUUAUUAUAUCAACUAGAAGAAUUCAUUGGGACAGUUAGAGGUAAAGCCAUGAAGAAAUGGGUUGAAUCUAUCAGUAAAAUCAUCCUAAGGAAAAAGCAGGCACAAGCAAAUGGACCAUCGCAUGCUAUCACAUUUGAAAGUUUGCCCCCUUCUAUAGAAUGGCACAUAAGUAGAAUUGGUCAAGUUGAAGCAUUUGACCUGCUAACUUUGCAUCCAAUCGAAAUUGCACGGCAGCUAACUUUAUUAGAAUCUGAUCUUUACAGAGCUGUCCAGCCUUCAGAACUAGUAGGAAGUGUAUGGACAAAGGAUGACAAAGAAAUACAUUCUUCAAACCUCCUCAAGAUGAUACGGCACACUACUAAUCUCACUUUGUGGUUUGAAAAAUGCAUAGUAGAAACUGAAAACUUGGAGGAAAGAAUAGCAGUUGUCAGUCGAAUAAUUGAGAUCCUGCAGGUUUUCCAAGAACUAAACAAUUUUAACGGAGUGUUGGAGGUGGUCAGCGCGAUGAAUUCAUCUCCAGUUUAUAGACUGGAUCACACAUUUGAGCAAAUACCAAGUCGGCAAAAGAAAAUUUUAGAAGAGGCUCAUGAAUUGAGUGAAGACCACUAUAAAAAGUAUUUGGCUAAACUCAGAUCCAUCAACCCUCCAUGUGUGCCUUUCUUUGGAAUAUAUUUGACUAACAUUUUGAAGACUGAGGAAGGUAAUCCUGAUUUCCUGAAAAGACAUGGUAAAGAGUUGAUAAAUUUCAGUAAGAGAAGGAAAGUGGCAGAAAUAACAGGAGAGAUCCAGCAGUACCAAAACCAGCCAUACUGCUUACGAGUAGAGCAAGACAUUAAGAAGUUUUUUGAAAAUUUAAAUCCAAUGGGAAAUAAUUUGGAGAAAGAAUUUACAGAUUACUUGUUCAAUAAGUCUUUGGAGAUAGAACCUCGUAACGCUAGAUCUUUACCUAGAUUUGCAAAGAAAUUUAAUUAUCCACUGAAAUCUCCGGGUGUUCGGCCAUCUAACCCCAGACAUCCAGGGUCAGGCACCUUACGUGGGCAUCCUACACCGCUACAGCAGGAGCCACGGAAAAUCAGUUACAGCCGAAUCACAGAAAAUGAGACUGAAAGUAUAGCAUCAGCACCAAAUUCCCCACGUACGCCUCUGACGCCACCACCUGCUUCUGCAGCAUCCAGCUCGACAGACGUCUGCAGUGUGUUUGGGGACUCUGAUCCAGCUAGUCCAUUCUAUUCAAGCAGUGAUACCAUAUUUGCCCCAGUUUCACUGGCCCAUGGUGCACGGCCAGCAUCAAUCUCUUCAAUAAUGAGCUGCAAUAAAAGUGUUGAUGAAGCUCACAUCCCCCCUCCUGUUCCACCACGUAGACGACCUGAAUCUGCCCCAGCCGAAUCUUCCCCAUCCAAGAUCAAGUCAAAGCAUUUGGACAGUCCGCCUGCUAUUCCGCCUCGUCAACCCACAGCUAAGGUUUACUCACCUCGGUAUCCAUUGUCAGAGAGGUCAUCCAUGUCAGAACCCCCUGACAGUCCUCCCAGCUUGCCACCCAGAGAGCCUGUACGAACACCAGAUGUAUUUCCAGGCUCACCUCUGCCCCUGCAGCCUCCACCCCUGGGUAGAAAAACUGAGCAUCCCAACACUUUUUUCCCCAAUUCCCCUACACCUUUUACUCCACCUCCUCCUCAAACGCCUUCUCCACUUGGAACUCGCAGGCAUUUGCCAUCACCUCCUUUGCCACAAGAUGUUGAUAUUGGCACCACUGCUGGACCACCUGUUCCACCAAGACAGAGCUCUGCAUCUCAAAUAAUUCCAAAGCUUCCACCAAAAACCUACAAAAGGGAGCAUACACAUCCAUCAUUCCAUCGAGAUGGACUACCACUGCUGGAAAAUGCCCACUCCUCUUAGCUCUGAAUUAUUUUCCUUAAACACUACAAGCUCCUGGACACUGCAAGGUUGCAGCAUGGGGGAAUGCAAAUGUUUUAGGCUGUAAAAAUACUGUUAAUGCCUGGCUUGGUAAGUUUUCUUUACUCUGACACGGACCAGAGUGCAUUCAGGCAAUGGGAAACAAACUGAACAGUUGCACCUAAAAAUUGAACCAUAUUGACUUUGUCCAUAACUGAAAAUGCAGUUGUCAGUUUGCUGUACCAAUGGUAAACUCACAUUGACAGUAAAGGGUGGAUACUUGAUAUCAACCAACCGGGAAGAGGUCCAUUAGAAGAAAAAGUGGUUUCCACCUCCAACCUAAAAGCAGGAUUGAUGCGAUCAUGCCUUGUUUAAAUACUUUAAGUGUAUCAAAAAGGGGACUUCUGGAAAUGCAUUUUCGGUACCUAGAUGCAUGAGCAAAUAUUUGCUCUGCGCAGUAACUGUAAAACUUUUUGUUUGUUGAAAUAUGGGUACCUGCUACACCAAAAUAUUCUUUGUGGAGGCUGAUUCAAGAACCAGUCCUACGAGAGAGAUCCUUCAAUGGGAAUGUAGCACCCAUCUUCAUUAGACAAAGGAGAACACAUUCAUUUGAUUUUAUUACUGUUUUAAAAAAGUGAAUUUAACCCAGAUGCAACAAAAUGUGGAAACUAGUGAUGUCUGCAUUUACAUCUUCAAUGAGUUUUUGUCAUUAUAUCAUUCUCUUAAAUGUGCAUUUUAGCAAUAACCCAUGUCAUAACAUCAUUGCACUGCUUGAAGUUCCUUGCAGAAUGUAUUUGAAAACUGCACUUUUAAGAACAAUAUACAAUGGAAUGGCUUAAUCUGGAAGUGGAAAUCUGGGUUUGUUACAAAAUAAUCAGUUCGGCAGCUUUUUUUUCCACUGUACAUGACAAAACUAAACUAUUUAUUCGAGCGACCCCAUGUUCCCGUACCUUAUGCCAGAUUAAAUUGUCAUAGAUAUUGACGUAAAGAAAAUUUGAGCCAAAGCUGAAUAAUGCAUGUUAAUUCCCCAGACAUAUUAUUUGCAAAUUCGAGUCAUGUGUUAAGCAAAAUGAACAAAUUGGACUGAAAUUUGUAGGGACCAAGUGGUGUUAAACUAACUUGUGAUGCUUAAUGUAAAUGGGACUGUUGAAUAAUUUUUAGUGACCUGUUUUUUUUUAGAAAGAGGUAAUGUUGAAUUCACAAAUAGGUCUUGAAUGGGGUGGUUAUUGACUCUGAGGCAGAUUGACAUAGACUGUAGAGUAUAUAACACUAGCACAGUAUUACAGGAGAAUAUUAUGAAGUUUAUGCUUGGUACAUAAAGUUCUAAUAGCCAUGUGACAAUGAGAAAAAUCUUAAGUUAGAGCAUUGGAAUGUACAGAUGACCAUGUACUGGUUAAACCACACAGUGCAAACCAGUAAUUUUUUUGUUAAUAAUGAAUGAUUGCUCCAAGCCCCAUUCAAUAGCAUCAAAAUAAGCUUUACAAGUAAGUAAGUUUUUCAGGCAUUGCUCUUUACAUGGAUCCUGUUCUUACCCUAAAUUCCUGAAAUUACUUUAAAGCCUUCAAUUCACAUGGUUUCAUAAAGUAUCACUUAUUCAUGCUUUUGUUUUCCCUAAAAUAUUAAAACCGUCCAAGAUCAUGAGCCAAGAAACAGGGGUGCAAGGCUUUUAAAGUAGAACCUAUUUAAUCUAAUAUGAGAGAUGGUAGCUGUAGUACAUGAAUUGAUAGCAAGCCUCUGGCACAUUGAAAAUAAGGGCAUAAUCCUGAACUCUGGUGUUUAUAACUACAGAUCUGAGCAAAAUAAAAAGCAUAUUGGUUCAAAAAGUACUGAUGUUAUGAUUUGGAUUAUCCACGAGCCUUCAUUCCAGUAGCUUAUAUUUGUGAUUUGAACAAAUACACCCAUGCAUGUUAAUUUUAAAAUAAAUCACUUUAUUGCCAGUAGGAUAAAUACAUUCACUAAGCACUAUUAAAUCUACUGUAUCUAAAAAACUUCAUGUUAUCAUGCUUUACUCAAAGUACUUCAUCUAUGGGACAGCCAAACAAUAUUAAAAUGCUAUCAUUUCAGACAAUUUUAAGCACUUUGACAUAUCAGUGGCUAUACUGUUUCAGUUAAUCUAUUGAUAGGGCUGCCAAAUAUAAAUUCAAAUGGGUAUUUUUACAAUAUUUAGUCCUGAAAAAAGCUUAAUUGGCAUUAAAUACAUUUUUUAUAAGCAAGAAAAGUUCAGCUCCUGGUGUUUUCUUUGAUCUUAUAAAUUUGAAAAAUGCAGGAGGGAGCUGGGAGGGUUGGGAGUAAAAUACAAAAUGGCUUUUGUGACAAAUUUGAUAUUUACACAAUUAUAAUCAGUGAAUUAAACAAGUCUUAAAACUGCUUAAUCUUUGUUAGCAUGAUAUUAAAAAAUGCUGUAUCACAAAAAUAUCAUAUUAAGCCCAUUAAGCCAUUAGUUUUGGACAUAAUUUAAGAAGUAUUUUUAGCUUCAUAAAUGCCAGUAUCAUUGAGAAACCUUUGUAUAUUGUCAUUGGGUCAAAAUUUGUUGUCUUGUUGCCAAUUGUUAUUUUUCUCUUGAUCCUAUCAAAUGUUUAUUAGAUCUUUUAAACCUGGCAACACACUUAAACCACAUGUGAAUUAUAAGCAUGAUGUUUGAGUUGAAUAUUGAUGUCACUGUGAAAGACAGUGGGUGCACAGUAGGCUAAACUUGGGACAUAAUCUUAAGUGUUCAAAGGGAGACAUCAAUGAAAAAUAUGUGGGCUGUAAAAGAUUGUAGAUCAGUCAAUUUCAUUUUCAGGGUUACAUACCAGUUGGGAAACACCGGCUGAAAUUUUCCAGCCCCUCACACCCUGCCGACGUGAACAGAGAUUUCAAUGGCUUGCCAGCCCCGCUGUGGGGGAACUCGUCGCUGGGGGGACUGGAAGAUUCCGGCCACCGUUACUAAUGUGCAUUUCUGUUUGUACCAUUAAUGUCAAUUAGUUGUGGUUCAGUAAAUGAGAGAAAGCACUUGAAAAAUAGAUUCCCUAAUUAUGCAAACUUGGCUAUCUAUGGGCUGGAAUCCAUAGUUGUCAUCAUACUGCAGCUGACAAAUGAGGCAGUAUCUCUUUCUGUAUGUCUAAUGUAGACUUCAAAUUAAAUCUAGGAAAAUUACUUUUAGUACAUGUCAGCAUGGUAAAUGUCUAUAACUUCGAAGUUCAGAUUUGAUAUAGUUUUAACAGACCUGUGCAGUUAGAUGUUUUUUUGUACUGCUGACUUUUAUUUUCUUUCAAAUGUUAUAUUCCUUGGCAUUGACCACAUAUUACAGGAAUAAGAAGACAAAGUGUAAUUUGUUUUUUAAAGUCCAAAUGCGUGUCUCCUUGAAAGUGCAUUGAUUUUCAUAAUAUAAUUUGUAAAGAAAUAGGAACAGGAUUGGGCCAUUCAGCCUCUCAACCCUUUGUCACCAUUCAACUAGAUUAUGGAUGAUUUGUACCUCAUCUUCAUUUACUCAUCAUUUCUCCAUAUCCCUCUUGAAGAAUAGAAAACUGAAUGAGCCUUCCUCUAUGGAAGAAGUAGUUUCAGCAAGUCACAGCACCGAAACUGGUGGUCUUUAAUGCAAAGGAAACUUUGAUUCACUCUGAAUGAUUUGGCUUGGAACUUCCUAGGUUAUAAAUGAAAUCACUUAACCUGCGGUUGAAUGUGUAAUGAUGCACCCUGUACUGUUUGUGGCAGACGCAAGCCAGUUUCAGUAGCUGCCAAAUGUGCCUUUUUAUUAUGUGUCAAUUUUCUUUUCUGACUUUUUGAACAGAUUUUCUUUCUUAAUCCUUUUCGUUUUGACCCGGGUAGGUGGGAAAAUUGUAUUUCUGGUUAUAUGCACCAGAAAACAAACCUUUCAGCUAUAAACAUAAAAUGUACAUAUCAAUGGUUAAAUUUUGUGUGUGUGUAUAUGUGUGUGUGUGUGUGUGUAUGUAUGUGUGUGUAUAUAUAUAUAUAUAUAUAUAUAUAAAAAUUAUAUAUAUAUAUAUAUAUAUAAAAAAAAUAAUGCAUUUGUUUAAAUGGCAUGGUUAUUUGCAGCUAUAAUUAUAUGUAGACAUUAGGUGAAGUUGACCAGAUUUAAGAACAAAUGGUAAUCUUUCUUGGCACAUCUAAUAUGACCUGUAUAAUUUAACCAUGUCUGUAGAACUUUGUAUUCUAUGUUAGGAGUAACAGUAUUCAUUUUGCAAUUAAGUAUAAUAAUUGCCGUCUUUUCUUUGUACUGAUUACACUGAGAAGUAAUAUUCAGAAAGAAUGGGAGCAAGUAAGUAACGGCAAAGCAGCAUUUGACUUACAAAAUAGGAACCAGAAAAAUGUACACAAUAAUUAAAUAAAAUUGUUUUUGCCUUA